UCAGCAAACAGCAAUGCGUUGGCGUUUGGUACAUAUUAAUAGCGGAGUUACACGGUGGCACGAGCUACAAGAAUAUUUGGCCAGAUUUUUUUAAGAGCAGCAACUAAGUGUAGCCAAAAUUAGACACCACAGGGAAAAAAACAAAACAAAACAAAACGUAACAAAAUAUUUAUUCAUAUUCAAAUAUAACAAACAAAAAAUCAUUAGCUUAGGACAAUCGUUCAAAACAAUUAUUUCAUUGACACAUUAUUAGAUAAUUGUCAUUAUUAUCAAAUUGAAUUGGAAAAAAAACAAAGAAUCAAACUGAAGAAAAAACAAUUGUUUAUCUGGAUUUUGCCAACACGUUGUCAAGAACUUCGAGAACUUGAGUUUCUUCUGAGGCAAAAGUGAAGAGAGGAAAGACCUGCCCCCCUAACUAACUUGCCCCAUAGUAACUCGGUGAAUGAAUGCCCUGGCCCACGUGUUUCUGAUAAUAGCAAGUGACUCUCGGUGAUACUGUGAGACAGGUGUCGCUCUACACAAGAGAGCCGUUGUCACACUAUUGGAACUGUGGUUAUCAGACAAAAGGGGCUGUACUCUACAUAAAAAGGAACACUUAAGCUACCGUGUUGUUUUAUCCUUAAAGGAUAAUUUUAACUUAAAGAAUAAGAGAGACAAUUGUAACAUAGAAACUUCAGAAAAAUGUGUAGAUCAUCUUUGACCUUCCAAGUUGGUGUUGUCCUGAUUGCUAUUUGUCUAUUGGAUGUUGUUGUUUCAGAGGACAGACGUAUCAACAGACAGAAAAGAGGUUUCCGGAUGAACUCGGCGUCCCGCGUUGCCCAUGGUUACGGCAAAAGAGGUUAUCAGCUGCCAUCUUCUUCCUCUUCCGGUGAAAGUCAAGACCAGUUAGAAAGUUAUACGGGGCUAUUGGAAGAGUUAUCUGAUGGUCCUCUCAUGACAGUCAACGAGUUUACUCAGUUGAUGACAGGGCAUCCAAACUUAGCGCGCGCCUUAGUCAAGAAAUUUGUGGAUAUAAAUGGCGAUGACGUCAUAUCGACAGAAGAGCUAUUCCGACCGGUGAUGACAAAGUGACCCACUGACCCUUCUGAAGGAGUGGACACACUUUAACAAGAUGGCGUCCUCUGAUUUCUUUCAAAUAAACUUAUGCUCCUUUAUUUUUUUUAUUUAUUUUUCUUUUUUUUUUUCGUUAUUGCAUCCACGCAGUCAAACAAUCCCCCUAGUAUCAUUUGUUAUAUAACUUUAAAACAUGUAUCCACCAAAGCUUCAACACUGACACAUUCAACAAUGAUUCAAAGAUAUAAAAUCGUCUACGAGUUUUCUGAUAUAAUUAUUGGUGUUGAUUACAGUUUGAAGUUUCCAUUACUGGCUCCAUUGAACACUUGACAUUCUAAUUGUAGCUUAAAAUUAAAAAACAGGCAAAGUGUAAUUUAAAGUCGCUAAUAACACCGUCACAAUCAAGAAAUUUGAUCAUGUCAAAAGCUUUGGCCCUUAACUAUUUGACAGACUUUGUCUAGUAUUAGCUGCAGGGGGGUAUUACGUCUCUGGCACAGCAAACAUUUUGUAUAAUCCUUUUUGUUCAUACAGGUUUAACAGAAUACGUAGUACUAAUAGUACAAGCAUUAAAAGUACUAUCUAAUAAAUUUGAGAGAUUUGUUCACGCUCUAUAUAAAGAUGUGCAUACAAAUUGAUGUAUAAUUGUGGAUUUUAACAAGCUAAUGUUUAAACAUGACAUCACAUUAUUAAGGGUGGAGCGAAGACAAACAUAUAUACAUAUUGAACAAUCUUUAUAGAAGAUAAACAUAUAUACAUAAAGAACAAUCUUUCUAGAAGAUAAACAUACAUACAUAUUGAACAAUCUUUCAGAAGAUAAACAUAUAUACAUAAAGAACAAUGUUUAUAGAAGAUAAACAUAUAUACAUAUUGAACAAUCUUUAUAGAAGAUAAACAUACAUACAUAAAGAACAAUGUUUAUAAAGACCGAACAAAACAAAAGGCAACACUUUCUGUAAGUAACUGUGAAUGAAGUUGAUGUCUGGGUUUUUUUUUAGUGUUUUCAUUUCAAGUAUGGUUUUAUUUUAUCGACACAAUUUAUAUUAGUUAUCAGCGUGCCUGUAUUGCUUAACUAUUAUUUAGUUCAAAAUUUGAGAGUAAAUAAUAAAUACAACACUGUUCAAAUUUUUGUUGUGGAAAAAAAAAGCUUGUGUUUGGUUCAUACAACUCUGAUCUUUUAUUAUUAGAUGUAAACUAAAUGAUUAUGUAACGAACUCUCAACCUUAACAUAGUAGUUUUUGUACAACAUUUUUAAUUUGAAUUGGAAUAAUAAAUUAAAUAGCAUGUACUAUAUGAAUGUAAUUACAGUCUAACCUGGGUAUUAUUUGUUUUGCUGGAAUUACUUCUGAAAGCCGAGGGAGGUCAGCCUAGGAGGUCAGCCUAGAAGAACAGUUUUAUUUACUUUUUUGAAUUUACUAUAAAAAAAAUUCACGUUAGAUGCUAUGGAACUGUAAAUACUUUUUCAGUGGGUUGAAUUUUCCUAAAAAGCAUUUAGGGCAUGUUGGAAUGCAAAAGGAAGGAAAUCUGAACAUUUGAGGCUGUAUCGAGUACAGCCUCAGUGAGACCAAGUGAAACCAAGGGAUGUAAGCAAGCAGGACUGGAUUUAGACUUGUUAAGGCCCUAAGCUAUAUGAGAUUUGGGGCCCUUGUUAUCAACAUAAGGCCAUAAGCUAUAUGAGUUUUGGGGCCCUUAAAUAUCAACAUAAGGCCAUAAGCUAUAUGAGUUUUGGGGCCCUUAAAUAUCAACAUAAGGCCAUAAGCUAUAUCAGAUAUGGGGCCCUUGUUAUCAACACAAGGCAAAUUUUCCUUUGCUAUUUCUUGAAAACUAUUGAAACUAUUCCUGGAAACAUUUUUGACGGAGCGCCCCCCCCCCCCCAAAGCAAGUGAGUACCCUUAGUUAUAGUUUAUGAUACCUACAGGUAAAUCCAUGACUUGUCCUAAGUCAGUUGCAGAGUGAGUGUUAAAAAUGGGUUAUGGGCCUUUGCAAUCGCUUGAAGACGCGAGACUGAGAAAGAGGUCAGAGAAAAACUCAAAGCGUUUGGCUGUCCCACAGUACACCGAUAGUUCCCUGUGCCUCUAGGCUUGUUUUAUGCUGUGACAUUCGAUCUCUGCGCACCACUGGCCUAACCUAUACACCGUUUCCAUAGCAGCUGCUUAAGUCGUUGAAAGGUUGCUCAAUCUGGCAUAUUUACUAACUAAUAGAAAAUUAAUUAUAAAACUUUUGUUUUGUGUUAAGAAGAAAGAAAUUUUUUUACAUAUUUUAUAAUUUUUUAUUUUUUUUUUACAAUUUGAAAGCCAAAUUUAUUAUGCCUUAAAAAUAGGAAUGGCCAAAACCUUACGUUAUAUUUUUCAAUAAUCAGUUUUGACAUUUCGUUACAACAAAAAACUGCAUAGAAUAAUACUGUUUAUGCCUUUUCAAUUCAGUAAUGGAAAAUAAAUAAUCCCACCAAUUACACUAAUUCAGGUUUGAUAAUUUGUGGAUUAGUACAAAUGAAAUAGGAAAAAAAAAUAUCUGAUUAUUUUAUUGUUGCUAAAUUUUGAUUUAAUGCUCUUUUUAUAAACGACAUAGCUUUUUUUUUUUUUUUUUCGAAUUGUGUUGUUCAAUGAUCACAAUGACGUCAUCAGAAAAAGUGCUGGUAAUGCUCCUGCUGUUAACAAAAUAAAAAAAGACAUGUAAUAAAGAAUACUCUUUUCA